CCAUCGUCAAAAGCAUGAUUCUCUGCUUGAAUGCCAGAAUUGUAUCUAUGUGAACCUCUGGAUCUUUCCGCCCAAAUUCAGCCAAGAAACUCGCAGUGAGAAGGCUCUCGAAUGGCGACCAAAUCGAUUGGAUCCCGCCGAAGAAACCUCAACCUCGAAUCCACUUGAAGCGUUGUUGUUUAUCUUCGAUGAACUCAACCUCUGCUUUACUCGGCUCUACUCAUGACGGAACUUCCCUUCGAUACCUCCACUCUUACCAGGGAACAAUUACGAGGUGUCGGCAUUGGAAUCUCUUCUGAAGUUGUCCAUAUCCUCGGGACGAAUAUUAUUGCCAAAAUCCCCGCUCCACAGGCUCUCGAGGAUCAUAAAGUCGAGAAAAGGAUAUACGACCGUCUACAGUCGCAUCCAAAUAUUCUUCGCUAUCUAGGUCAAAGCCCUCCAGAAUGCACGCUAUUACGCAAUGCCCUAUUAUUCGAAUACCAUAGUCAUGGAACUCUGAUUAAUUGCCUGGAUCAGAUUAUCCCUGGACGAAGUCGUUGGCCCUUUCAAGCUAUAUCAGCUGUAGCGUAUAUUCAUUCAAAAGGUGUCGUGCAUGGCGAUCUUGGUCUUCAUAAUUUCCUUCUUCAUGACGACGGUAGGCUCGUGUUAUGCGACUUCGCGGGCUCUGGUCUAGAUGGUUCACCUCCCAAUGUGAGCGCUGGCGUACGAUAUCUCAACCCCUUAUUUGACACGGACUAUCCCUCAGAAAGCGAUGACAUUUUCGCACUGGGCACCGUACUCUACGAACUUCAUCGUGGAGAACGGCUCUUUAAUGAGAGAAGCGAUCAAGAGAUUAGUCGGUAUCUUCGAAACAAACAGUUUCCCGAUCUAUCUUUAGUACCGUCACCGUUGAGGGAAGUGAUUGAGAAAUGUUGGACAGUCACCGGAUAUAAGGCUAGUGAAGCCUGGAUUGAGCUAGGUGAGUAUAUGACUCUCUCUCAAGACCGACCUAAUUUGUAA